AUGGAGAGCUUCAAAGCUCCAUUCAGGGGUAUUGCAAAAGAUGUUCGAGGAAGAGCAGCAUACUACAAGCAAGAUUGGAUUGGAGGCAUUCGUUCUGGUCUCGGGAUAUUGGCCCCAACUACGUACAUCUUCUUUGCUUCAGCUCUUCCUGUUAUAGCGUUUGGGGCGCAACUGAGUAGAGAUACAGAUGGAACAUUGAGCACAGUUGAAACCUUGGCUUCUACAGCUAUUUGUGGCAUAAUACACUCCAUUCUGGGUGGACAACCUCUCUUAAUUUUAGGAGUUGCAGAACCGACUGUUAUAAUGUACACGUUCUUGUAUGACUUUGCAAAAGGGAAGGAAGAUCUAGGGCCUGAACUGUUUCUUGCUUGGGUUGGAUGGGUUUGCGUCUGGACAUCCCUUUUUCUCAUUCUGUUGGCAAUAUUCAAUGCUUGUGAUAUCAUCAACAAGUUUACGAGGAUUGCAGGGGAACUUUUUGGCAUGUUGAUUAAUGUUCUGUUCAUUCAGCAGGCCAUCAAGGGAAUUGUGAGCGAGUUCAAGCUACAGAAAGAUGAAGAUACAAAUGGGGGGACAUAUCAACGUGAGUCAAUGUACACAAAUGGUGUGCUGGGAGUCAUAUUUACUUUCGGCGUUCUCUAUACUUCGUUGAAGACCAGGAAAGCAAGAUCAUGGUGGUAUGCAACAGGGUGGUUCAGAAGUUUCAUUGCAGAUUAUGGGGUUCCUCUAAUGGUAGUGUUGUGGACUGUGAUAUCAUUCAGUGUACCACACAAUAUCGUUCCCUCACAAGUUCCUAGAAGGCUACAUAGCCCUCUAGCUUGGAAUUCUGAAUCUUUACAGCAUUGGUCUGUACUUAAGGAUAUGGGGAAGGUUUCUCCUGGAUACAUCUUUGCAGCUAUCGUACCUGCUAUAAUGGUAGCAGGCCUCUAUUUUUUUGACCAUAGUGUUGCUUCACAGAUGGCACAGCAAAAGGAGUUUAAUCUCAAGAAACCUUCUGCAUACCAUUAUGAUAUUUUGCUGCUGGGAUUUUUGACACUUCUUUGUGGAUUGAUUGGACUUCCUCCUUGUAAUGGAGUCUUGCCGCAGGCACCCAUGCACACCAAGAGCCUUGCGGUUCUUAAUAAGCAGUUGAUUCGAAAGAAAAUGGUGAAGAGUGCAAAAGAAAGCAUAAAACAGAAUGCUAGCAAUUCUGAAAUAUAUGGAAAUAUGCAAGCUGUGUUCAUAGAGAUGGACAAUUGGACUGCAGAUACAUCAGUAGUUAAAGAGCUUGAAGACUUGAAGAAGGCAGUUAUGAAAACUGAACAUGAGGGGGAGAAUGCAAAAGAUGCAUUUGAUCCUGAGAAGCACAUAGACGCUUUCCUGCCUGUCCGAGUUAAUGAGCAAAGAGUAAGCAACCUGUUGCAGUCACUUCUUGUUGCAGCAUCAGUUUUUGCUAUGCCAGCCAUCAAGAAGAUACCAACAUCAGUUCUGUGGGGAUAUUUUGCUUACAUGGCCAUCGACAGUCUUCCAGGGAAUCAAUUCUGGGAAAGAUUUCUAUUUCUCUUCAUUGCACCUAGCCGACGUUACAAGGUCUUGGAGGAGAGUCAUGCUUCCUUUAUGGAGUCAGUGCCAUUCAGAUUCAUUGCCAUCUUUACACUCUUUCAGCUUGUAUACUUCCUGUUCUGCUUUGGUGUGACAUGGAUCCCCGUAGCCGGCAUCUUAUUCCCCUUGCCGUUCUUCCUUCUCAUAAUAAUAAGACAGCAUUUCCUCCCCAAAUUCUUUCAUCCAUACCACUUGCAGGAGUUGGAUUCGGCUGAAUGGGAGGAAGUCACCGGCCCCCCCAAACGUUCUCUCAGUCUUGCUUCAAGGGAACUCGAAACCACAUGCGAAGAAGGUGGAGAGGAGCUGUGUGAUGCUGAAAUAUUAGAUGAGUUAACAACCAGCAGAGGAGAGCUGAAAGUAAGAGCUAGCUUCAGCGAAGACAAACGUGGUCUGGUUCACCCUCAAAAUUUUGGCCAAACAGAUUGAAUAAGGAGCUGGAUUCGACAUUCAUAUAGGUGACAGAAAGUAUAGAUAGGGAUAGGAAUGAGAAUUUUAAGUAUUCAAAUGAUGAAAAAAGAAGUAAGCUGAUGUAACACUCCAAGUUAGUAUUGGUAGUAACGGUUGAGAUUCUGAUGUUGUUAUCUCAACCAAUUCAAUACAUGAGUCGA